UUGUUUCCAGCAUCGAGAUGUCAUUUUGGCGGUGUUUCGGGGCGGUCAGUGUUCUAAAGCAUGGAGAGACUUGUCGUCAGGUCGUACAACUACCCAGAAGGUGGAAGAAAAUGAAGAAAAAAUGGGGAGCAAUACAGACGCAGCGGAAAGUGGAGCCCUCGUUCCACGCACUGCGGCAUUUUGAUGAGAACUACGGUCUCCAGUUUGGCGAUGCAUGGCCCACCAUCCGCCUGGGGCUGCUUUCUCAGCAGAAGUAUGGUGUCCUCCUCAACAACUACAGCAUCGUGGAGGAAACGGAAGAGUUCCUCAGGAAACUUGGUGCAGAGGAAUUUGUUCAGCCAGCUGCCGGUGAAUUAGCAAAGAUGAUGGAGGACACAUGGUCAUCAGAGGACGUUACUGAUUGGAGCACAGAAUCCUCAGAUGAAGAAAGCCAGAAUUUGGACAAUUUAGAUGUUUCCCAAUGUCCCAAAGAUGCUGACCAAAAUCUUGAGGAUCGUCUCGGUCAGAUGAGUACUGUAGAGAAGUCUCGUGAGCCAGGGACGCAGUCUCAAUCAGAUCAGAAGAGUUCAUGGGAGGAGAAAUACAUUGUGAUGCCCGGAUACGAGGCUAAGAUGGAGCUUCUCAUGAGCUCAGAUGCUGGGAGAUACAAAGGGUUAGACUCUGCUCAAGCAGUCCCAGAGAUUGACGCAAGGCACGUCCAGAGACCACUGAAAGUCAGUCAGCAUCUGAAGUGCUUUGUUUUCAGAAGUGGGAGUGUGGAACGAUUCCCGCCAUCCAAGCUGGAUUCCGGAGGGCUUUUUCUGCAGUAUUACACCAUGGAUGCUGCAUCCAUCUUGCCAGUGAUUGCACUGGAUGUUGGACCGGGAGACUUGGUACUAGACAUGUGCGCAGCCCCCGGCGGCAAGACACUGGCCAUAAUGCAGACCAUGCUCGCAGGUGGUGUGGUUGCCAACGAACCAGAGACUGCUCGGAGACGUCGACUCCUCAACGUCUUGCGUUCCUACACCGGCUUUCACUGGCAGAGGAGCGAAGAACUACGAUUCACGGCAGAGGACGGACGCCAGUGGGGCGAGAUGGAACCGGAUACAUAUGAUAAGGUUUUAGUCGAUGUUCCAUGCACCACAGAUCGGCUGGCGGUCACCAACAACGACAACAGCAUCUUUGCUGUCAGGAGGACCAGUGAACGUUGGGGACUUCCCAAACUCCAGACUGAACUUCUGUGUGCCGGUCUUAAGGCCGUGAAACCAGGCGGUGAUGUUGUCUACUCGACAUGCUCGCUUUCACAACAGCAGAAUGACGCUGUCGUAGAGAGCGCCCUCUAUCACUGCCAGGCAGAGACGGACAUGGAAGUGGUCGUGGUUGAACUGUCACCGCUGGCCCAGUGCUUGGGUCAUGUUUUCAAAUUCUGCGACCGCGCGAAACACGGACAGCUCGUAUUGCCAAACCUGAACAGCAACUUUGGUCCGAUGUAUUUCUGUAAGCUGUGUCGGCUGAGGUAGCGAAAGGGUGUAUUUGGUACAUGUUAGCAAAUUGUGUCCUGCACAGAAAGUGAUCAAAGAAAUUGUGUUUGCAAGUACAAGUACAGAUGUGUCUGUAACCGUGUCAUUUAGAAAGGUUUCUUUGAUUUGGACCAUUGUUAAUGUGUGAAAUAUCUUCACUUUGAAAUGUGUGUCAUUUUGGCUGGGGUUGUUUCAACAAUCUGGCAUUCCCAAAUAAUCCGUCCUGAGGCUCUGUUGAAUCAGUUCAUUCAUCGCUUUGUGCUGCCGAGGUAGAUGCAUUCUGAAGUUUUCUAGGUUCUGCAACUGUCGCUCGUGGCAUUUUGUCAAGAUGUUGUUAAUGUGUUUCAGUAUUGCAACCCUUUUUUAACUGGAGCCAAUUUAUGUUAAUUGCUUACUGUUAUACAUGGAUAAACUGAUGCUAACACGUUGAACCUCCAGAGCCUCGAUUUCAUAGGAAUUAAACUGAAGAUUUACGUUCAGUUUUUUCUUUCCUAGGGCAAGGCAUCAAUCAAGCAGCAAAAUGAACCUCUUGCUGUUUUUUUUUGGGGGGGGGUUACAAAGGAAAAUGUGAAAAUUAAUUGUGUUGCAUUGAAAGAUAAAACAUGCUUUUUUUGUAUUAGAAGUAAUCUUAGCUGGUAAGAGAAAAUUUUGCCAAAUUAUGCCAAGGUUAAUCCCAUGCAGUCAGUUUCGGGAGUCAAACAGUUUUUUUGAAGAGUAACAUGCUAUAAUUUGUUGAGGUAUUCGGAAUGAUGAAAUAUGCUUAUCUUGCUUCAAGGUAUGUUUUGGGGCUAUUGGGAGCAAUGUCAGUUUUAAUAAAAAUGCACUUUUCAAAUUGAAA